AUGAAAUGGCCUAACUCCUUACCACUGCCCUUGGUCGUGGGUUGUGCUUGGCACUGGGCUGCAGCAAUCACGGUGACCUGGCUUCAGCUUGUACAUGACUAUUGGGUUCAUUUACUUGUCCCUGUGGGAUUUGUCUUUGGAUACUAUCUAGACAAGAGGGAUAAUGAAAAGCUAACUGCCUUCUGGAACAAGAGUAUGCUUCUUCAAAGGGAGCUGAGACCCGAUGAAGAAGUUACUUGGAAGUAA